UUGUCUCCCUCCUCCACUCCCUUCUCCCACCCCUUGUUCCUCCCCGCGUUCCCUAUUUCUCUCCCUACCUCCCUUUCCCCCUCCCGAGUCCUCUCUCCUCGAGUCCCCCUGUCCUGCGCUGAGACCCGCACGAAGCUCGCCCGCGGCCCGCAGCGCAGUGGGUAUGUGCGUACGCGGCGCCCGCCCGGCUGAUUUCCUGUGUUGCAGGUGACGGUGAGGUGCGGUCAAAAUCCAGCCGCUCGCUUCCGCCCAGGUGAGAGCGCAGAGCAGACGGCGACCCGGGAGCAGCCAGGCCUUUUGCAACCCGCCUCUGCGGACCAGGUUAUUCUGACUGAUUCCAGGAAAGAGAUCAAAUUCACCAUGCCUGAAAAUCCUGCAGCAGAUAAGCAGCAGGUGCUACAAAUUCUUGAUCGUCUGCAAAUGAAACUGCGAGAGAGAGGGGAGACUUCACAGAAUGAAAACCUGACUAUUUUAUGUAACACACUCAGAAGCCCUUUGUUUAAUCAGAUACUGACCCUUCAGCAGUCCAUCAAGCAACUGAAGGAGCAACUCAAUUACAUGCCUUCAGACCGUUCAGUGGACUUUGAUUUUACUAAGAGAGGGUUACUAGUAUUUGAUGCUGACAGAUCCAUUACUAAUGGGAACAUGUAUAUGGUUUAUAAUUCAUCUGGACCCAGAGUAGAUCCACUCAAUCCAAAACUAGGAGCUGAUGAAUUCAAUAUGAUGAUCCAACAGAUGGCAAAGGGCAGGCAAAUAGAAUACAUAGAUAUAGAAAAACCAUCUGUUGGAGGUCUUGGUUUUAGUGUGAUUGCCCUUAAAAAUCAAACGGUGGGAGAAGCUGGUAUCUUUGUCAAGGAAAUCCAGCCAGGAAGCAUAGCUGCCAGGGAUCAGAGAUUAAAGGAAAAUGACCACAUUCUGGCCAUUAACCACACCCCGUUGGAUCAGAACAUUUCCCAUCAGCAGGCUAUUGCACUGCUCCAACAAUCCACAGGAUCUUUACAUCUGGUUGUUGCUAGAGAGUCAGUCCAAAGAAACAGCGGAGCCUCUGCUGUCUUAAGUGACACACAUCCGCCUGAAACUAUUCAAUGGGGCCAUGUUGAAGAAGUUGAACUGAUUAACGAUGGCUCAGGAUUAGGUUUUGGAAUUGUAGGAGGAAAAUCGAAUGGUGUGGUUGUAAGGACUAUUGUUCCGGGCGGAUUAGCAGAUCGGGAUGGGAGACUGAGAACAGGAGAUCACAUCUUACAGAUUGGAGGAACCAAUGUACAAGGAAUGAUCAGUGAAGAAGUUGCCCAAGUGCUGAGAAACUGUGGGAAUUCUGUUAGGAUGGUGGUUGCAAGAGAUCCAGUGUGUGAGAUUACUGUGAUGCCACCAACCCCUCUGAGCCUGCCUGUUGGUGCAUUGCCCUUCUCUCUGGACAAAGGUGCUAACACCACUCUUUUUGAUACCUAUGACGUGGAGCUUACAAAAAAAGAUGGACAAAGCCUCGGUAUAACAAUUAUUGGAUAUACUGGAACAUCUGAUGUAGCAGAUUCUUCAGGGAUCUUUGUGAAAAAUAUAAUACCUGGCAGUGCUGCAGAUCACAGUGGCCUUAUACAAGUCCAGGACAAAAUUGUUGCUGUUGAUGGGAUUAAUGUUCAGGAUUGCUCCAACCAAGAAGUGGUGGAGGCGCUGCGUCGCACUGGCCAGGUGGUGCACCUUACCUUGCUUCGACAGAAACCUUCUCAUGCUUCUUUCUCUUCAGGAAGAUCUUUAGAGAGAGAGCAGCCAAAUAUGCCAGCCCUAGUCCUGUCUGGAGCUGUAGAGACGGAAACUAAUUUGGAUAGUGAGAAUGAGGAGGAUCAAGAGGACAAAGAUAAUUUUGAAAAUGAAAAGAAGCAAAAUCUACACAAAAUAGGAAGAGACCCAGACUCUCCAGAAAAGGAGUUGAAAUCCAAAUGGGGAAAACUGCUGGGACCUGAUUAUGAAGUCAUGGUGGUUCGUGUGGACAUGCCAAUUACAGAUGAUGCUGAGCUCCAGAAAUACUCAAAGCUAUUGCCUCUCCACACUUUGAGAUUAGGAGUUGAACUUGAUACAUUUGAUGGACAUCACUACAUAUCUUCAAUUGCUCCAGAUGGUCCAAUUGCUAUGCUUGGCCUACUGCAACUGGAGGAUGAACUUCUAGAGGUAAAUGGAGUUCAGCUUUAUGGAAAAUCCCGCCGUGAGGCAGUUUCUUUUCUGAAAGAAGUGCCGCCUCCGUUCACUCUGGUUUGUUGUCGGCGCCUGUUUGACGAUGGUGGCGAAUCCUUUGUGGAUGAGCUCAGCACCAUCGAGGUUUCGUCUCCGGAGCCAAAGAUGAAACCAGAAGUAGACCUUCAUCCUGAAGAGGAAGGAGAUGGUGAACUAGCUUUGUGGUCUCCUGAUGUGAAAGUUAUUGAACUAGAAAAAGACUAUAAAGGUUUAGGAUUCAGCAUUUUAGAUUAUCAGGAUCCCCUAGAUCCAACAAGAACGGCCAUUGUGAUCAGCUCUCUGGUAGCGGGUGGAGUAGCCGAACGCGGGGGUGAACUGUUACCAGGCGACCGCCUGGUUUUUGUAAAUGAGAAAUAUUUGGACAAUGCCACUCUAGCAGAGGCGGUAGAAGUGUUGAAAUCUGUGCCCCCAGGUACUAUUCGCCUUGGCAUCUGCAAGCCUUUGGUGGGAGAAAGCAAAGAGGAAGAGAACUUUUGCAUUGUGGAUCCCAGCAUCAUUGAAGACCACUCUGCAUCUCCAGCACCAAUAAAUGAUAUUCAUUCAUCAAUAAUGCUCGAGGCACCACAGGGUUUUAGAGAUGAAACAUUCUUUCAAGAAGAACUUGUCGAUGAACCACUUCUGGAUUUGGGAAGGCCAUUUCAGCUAGCUCAGAAUGAAACCGAACAUAAGGAGUCCUGGGAAAUGCAUGAAUUCCUUAAGGCUAAAAUGGAGGAAAUGGGUGAAGAGCGGGAAAUGUUAGUGGAUGAAGAGUAUGAUGUGGACCCGGAUUAUUUUACAUAUGCCUCAUCACAUGUAAAGGACACAACUCCACCUGCUGGGAAGAACCUGGUUUCUAUUGGAGAAUGGGCGAAGCAACUUGAGCCAACUAAAACACCAGAUUUAAGAUCCCUUAUUAGCACAAAUGCUAAGCAGUACCCACAUUACCUGUAUGAUGAUGAAGAAACGUAUGAAGCCACAGUGGAGAACAACUGCCAAACAGCCACAUUUGAUGAUAUUGAAAUGACUGAGUCAGUAGCAAAAAGCAAACUGGAUUUAGGUACGAGGCUUCAGAACGACUCAAAAAGACGUAGGUUAGUUGACCUUGAAGCAGCUGAAAGGGAUGAACAAAAGAUGGAGGAUUACGUUCUUUCCAGGAACCAGGAAACUGGGAGAGCUGUCACUCCUGCUCAGCCUGCAGCAGUGUUGUCCAGUGAAUUACCUGAACGAGAAGAAGGAGAAGGAGAAGAAACUCCAAACUUCAGUCAUUGGGGACCAUCCCGAAUUGUUGAAAUCUUCAGAGAGCCUCACAUGUCUCUUGGAAUCAGUAUUGUUGGUGGGCAAACUAUUAUAAAGCGCCUAAAGAAUGGAGAGGAACUUAAAGGUAUCUUUAUCAAACAAGUCUUGGAAGACAGCCCAGCUGGAAGAACAAAAGCCCUAAAAACUGGGGAUAAAAUACUUGAGGUGUCUGGAGUAGACUUACAAAAUGCCACGCAUGAGGAAGCAGUGGAAGCUAUCAAGAAUGCAGGAAAUCCUGUUGUUUUUGUUGUUCAGAGUUUGUCUAGUACCCCAAGAGUGGUCUCCGUGGUACAGUCUAAGAUAAAUAAAACCAAGAAAGAUCAGGACACAGAAAGAGAAAACAAAAAUGAGAAGGAACUGCCAGCUAGAUCCUCCAGCCCCACAGAAAAUCAGAGAAAAGUGGGGGCACCACCUCCGAUGAAGUUGCCACCUCCUUAUAAAGCACCCAAAAGACUCCAGUCAGAGGAGGAUGCUGUGGAGGAGGAUUUUUAUACAGAGGAGAAAAUCAGACAAAGAUAUGCAGAUCUGCCAGGGGAGUUGCACAUUAUUGAGCUUGAGAAAGAUAAGAAUGGGCUUGGACUCAGCCUUGCUGGCAACAAGGACAGGUCUCGUAUGAGCAUUUUCAUAGUUGGCAUCAAUCCAGAAGGACCUGCAGGAAGAGAUGGAAGAAUGCACAUUGGUGAUGAACUUUUAGAGAUAAACAAUCAGAUAUUGUAUGGAAGAAGCCACCAAAAUGCCUCUGCAAUAAUUAAGACUGCUCCGUCAAAGGUCAAGUUGGUUUUCAUACGAAAUGGAGAUGCAGUUAACCAAAUGGCUGUUACUCCUUUCCCAUUACCUUCAAGCUCCCAGUCUUCCAUUGAGGAUCACAGUGGCACUGAACAUGCAAGCAGUGAAGAAGAUUGCAGCUCAGAAGUUGUCAUGAAAAGCUUGACUGAUGAUGAAUGUAUCAAAAUGGAUGUCAGAAACAAAGCUGACAAACAGAUGUUGAUGGUAGAUCAGCAGGAUUUGGUGGAGCAACUUCCAGAAAAUGUCCUCAAUCAGUUAAAACAAUCCAAGUCUUCAACCAAAGCACCCACCAGUUUACAUGAGAUAUCUUUGGCACCAACACCUUCUUAUCUUUCUCCAGAGGCAGAGUUCACCAGCCAUAGCAAUGUACUGCCUCCUCUGUUGCCAGUGGAUCCAGCCACAUGCCCAAUUGUUCCAGGGCAAGAGAUGACUAUAGAAAUAUCCAAGGGGCGAUCAGGCCUUGGUCUCAGCAUUGUAGGAGGGAAAGAUACUCCACUUGAUGCCAUAGUUAUCCAUGAAGUUUAUGAAGAAGGGGCAGCAGCUAGAGAUGGUCGACUCUGGGCUGGUGAUCAGAUUCUUGAGGUUAAUGGCAUUGAUUUGAGGAAUGCUAGUCAUGAAGAAGCUAUCACAGCCUUGAGACAGACACCUCAAAAGGUGCAACUGGUUGUUUAUAGAGAUGAAGCUCAUUAUAAAGAUGAAGAGAAUUUGGAGAUUUUCUAUGUAGAUCUACAAAAGAAAACAGGGAGAGGACUAGGUCUAAGCAUCGUUGGAAAACGAAAUGGAAGUGGAGUGUUUGUUUCUGACAUUGUUAAAGGAGGAGCUGCAGACCUGGAUGGGAGAUUAAUACAAGGAGAUCAGAUCUUGUCUGUUAAUGGGGAGGAUAUGAGGAAUGCCUCACAAGAGGUUGUUGCCACUAUCCUCAAGUGUGCUCAAGGGCUAGUGCACCUAGAGAUUGGAAGACUGAGAGCUGGUUCUUGGUUAUCAUCACGGAAAACAUCCCAAAGCAGUCAGGUGAACCAACACAGCAUGCAUAGUCACUUUCAUCCUGCACUGGCUCCGGUCAUCACUACCUUACAGAACUUUGUCAGCACCAAGAGGCUGUCGGCAGAUGCAUCUCAGAGAAAUUCAGUAGGAGCAGAUAUGGACCUGAGGACUGUGGAGAUAAUGAGGGGACCAAAUGAUGCCCUUGGUAUCAGUAUAGCAGGAGGGAAGGGAAGCCCAUUAGGAGAUGUUCCAAUCUUUAUCGCCAUGAUUCAAGCCAGUGGAGUAGCAGCACGUACCCAAAGGCUCAAAGUUGGAGAUCGGAUUGUCAGUAUUAAUGGGCAACCUUUGGACGGGCUGUCUCACGCUGAUGCUGUUAAUCUACUAAAGAAUGCUUAUGGGAGCAUUAUCCUGCAGGUUGUAGCCGACACCAAUAUCAGUGCCAUAGCUAGCCAAUUAGAGAGCAUGUCUGCUGGAUGUAAUCUUAACUCCCCUACUCUUGAUUGUCAUUCUGAAGAUCCAGAGGCUCCUCAGCCUAAGAUUAUUGCUUUGGAGAAAGGCUCUGAUGGCCUGGGUUUUAGUAUUGUAGGGGGAUAUGGAAGUCCCCAUGGAGACCUGCCCAUUUAUGUCAAGACUAUAUUUGCCAAGGGAGCAGCUGCGGAUGAUGGCAGAUUGAAGCGCGGCGAUCAGAUUUUAGCAGUUAAUGGAGAAGCUUUGGAAGGUGUUACUCAUGAGCAAGCUGUAGCUAUUCUGAAAUGCCAGAAAGGAUCUGUAAUAUUAACAGUGUUAUCAUGAAUCUCAUUGCACACGUGGAGAUGAAUGCAAUUAUUUUAAAACAUCGUAGAGCUGCUAUAAUAAUGUACAGUCCUGAGUGAGAUGAAAAACAAACUCCAGAUAAGAUUAGUAUAUUCUAAUCCUAUUGCCUCUAUUGUUUCAUUUAGUCAUAUAAAUGAAGCUUAUUGGUCAGUGAUUUUUCUACUUCUUUAAUAUCUUGUGGCUUCUGUUUCCUCUCAACAAGGUUAACUUAGAAAACUUUAAUGAACUGUAUGUGUUUUACUUUAGUUAAACAUCAGUUUAUCCCCACCAAUGGGAAAUCCCUGUUACAAUUGCUGAAACUGGAAUUAACGCGCGCACACAAAAGAGAAUUUAGAUCAUCAUCUGAUGAGCAGAAAUAAAUGCUAAGUGAUUUGUCAUCUCACUCAUUAUUUACUUAUGCUAAUUGUCCUUUCAAGUAUGCCAGAAAACAUUAAUAAUGUAAUUAAAUUACCACAGUUCCAAAUAUCCGAUUCUUCUCUGGGAAAGUGUUUGUGCUCUGCACAGUAAGUUUGACAGUCAAUGCUAACUUUUCAUAUUUAUCACUCUGGAUAGGUCCAUGCCAGUUAGUGAUUAUUAUUAUAAAUAAUAAAUAAAAUAAAUAAAUUAAUGGAGAUAUCCUAUCUCCUAGAACUGGAAGGGACCUUGAAAGGUCAUCGAGUCCAGCCCCCUGCCUUCACUAGCAGGACCAAGUACUGAUUUUGCCCCAGAUCCCUAAGUGGCCCCCUCAAGGAUUGAACUCACAACUCUGGGUUUAACAGGCCCAUGCUCAAACCACUGAGCUCCCCCCCCCCCACUCAUUAUUGUGAUGAGUCAAUUUGCAGCCUUUAACAUUUAAAAAAAAAACUGGGGGGAGGGGCCUGUUUUUUCAGGUCUUUCAAAAUCGCCCUAACAGUGUUUUAAGAUCUAGAUGUGGCAUGAGCAACAUGUCUUAUUCUGUUCUAAUUAAUUUUUUAUUGAAAAAGAAACGUUCUGAAAUGACCAAGAUGCUCAGUACAUGCAUUUGUAAUUGUGCUGAAUUGCAGUACCAGUGUCCACAGUUAGACUUCUAAGAAGGCCAGAGUUUGCCUCCAUAAUGUGGCACUAUAAUUCAGCUAAUGUGAAUGCUAGUAAAUUGUGAUUCCCACUAGCGCUGAGGGCUAAAUGAAGGCAGAUUGAACCAUUUUGCAAGUUUCCAAAAGUCUGCAUGGUGUCAGCUGGUGUGGGAAAGGGACCUUUACUUAUCAGAAACUACCACCCAUCCAGUAUCCUGGGCUUCAGAUUGCUAGAACCUAGUUUUGUGCAAUGCCACUAAGAGAUUUAGCAAGUGAACUUGUAAAGCAAAUAAGUGGUAAUGCAAGUCCAUGCAGUUUAAUCUUUCUAACUUUGUGGAGACUGGUGACAUGCAGAAAGCACCUUAGUAUGAUGUAGGGCUAAGAGGGCUAAUUUUUAAUUAUGAUAAUGAUACAGCAAGGAAAAGUGAAUUAAAAAAAAGGAAAAGUAUUGAAAUCGGCAGCUGAUUUAAUUAUCAAUUGUGUAUGAGACCUUCCUAUCGGUAAAUGAAACCAGGCUUCCUUUCGAAAUCCUAUAAUUACUGUUCUUCAGUAUGUUUUAGCUAAAAUGUGAUAUUAUUCUCCUGACUGUAUAAAGAAAAGUAUAUUGAAGUGAGGUUAAAAGUGAUAAAGUAGUAAGCAUAGCAGAAGUGAUGAGCUCUCAUUAAGAAUGUUGUUUUCCUUAUCUCAUUUAAAAAUUAUCUCUAAAUAUAACAAAUCACAAAGUGCAUUAACUUGUUGGAAUAUUUUAUGGGUAUUCCAUAAAUAGUGCCUGAAAGAGACUUAUGUUUUUAAAUGGAUUUUAUUUCCAUUGUGCUGGUUGAUUUAUUAAUAUGAAGUGUUAGAGGAAUCUUGUUUAUAGAUGCACAUCAAACGUCCAGAGGUACCGAAUUGAAGAACUUUUAACUACCCACCUUUGGUUUCCAGAACAUCCAAGUAUGCAGAAGCUAAAUGCACCUAGAUAACCCUUUAAGAUGCACCUUGAUAAAACAAUGUUGCAAGGUUAUGACCAAAAUCUAAUGACUAUUCUGAUCAAAUAACCCCAUUACAUGCAUACUUGAAAAUAUUGCAACAUUAUUCUAUUAAAAUUUACAUGGCCAUUUGUCAUCUCUUAUGCACAUAUGGUUGAUAUAAAAAAUAUAGAAUUUAUGGGCUGAGAUUUUGCACUUCUUAUUGUUCAGAUUUGAGAUAAUAUUACUGCUUCUUGUAACUUGCACUUUUUCUGUGUGCUGAGUAUGUUACUGCCAAAAAUUGCAUUGCAACUACUUAAUAAACCAGUGAACAUGUGGGGAAGGCAAGUACAGUAUUUAAAGGACCAAUUCUAGAAUUAAAUUUCAAUUAUGCUUGUCUGGGUCGAAGUGUUCUGGUUUGUUAAAAUUGUUAUCUACGUCUGUGCAAGGGGAAAAAACAAUGGAACUUACUGAUAGUAUGUUUAUGUAUAUCAGUAAAAUAAGAGAUUUUAUUAUUUCCAAAGAUUCUAAAUAAAGUUCAGCUACUAAGAA